AUGCACCGACAGCCGUCCCAGUCGCCGGCCAGUAGUCACACCAGCCACGAUUGUCAGAGGACCCCCACCUCCUCAAGUUCCUCGCUCGAGCGCUCUGUCAAAGACCAGUCCCAUUCUCACGCGCCACGGCCCCACCAAUACACUCGGAGGUCGUUCGAGGAGACGGUGCCGGAUGAAUUGAAUCCACACCCUGGAACGCUGUCGUCGUUGGACUCCACCAAAGCCUCAGGAUAUCAGAACUCAUUGCGACGGCCGGGCCCGCCUCCCUUAUCACACACCGCGCCUUAUUCUAAGACAAUGACCCCAUCCUUGAGACAAUCCGCCAGCUUUUCGAGUAAUGAUAGACCAUUUGAAAGAGCGCGAUCGGGCUCGGGAAGUGCUUAUUCCCCCAACUCAAAGAGGUACUCGGACGAUUCGAGCGGCGGCAAGAGUCCUGCACCAUGGAAGAAGAAGAGUGGUAUAUCAUCCUUCAUUGGUAGUGUCUUAGGAUCACCGCGCUCGAAUAGUGUCAAGAUCUCAGCCCCGGAGAACCCAGUUCAUGUUACCCAUGUCGGAUUCGAUAAUCAGACCGGCCAAUUCACCGGACUCCCUAAAGAAUGGCAAAAAAUGCUAUCGGAGAGCGGCAUCUCCAAAAGCGAGCAAGAGCAGAACCCUCAAACCAUUGUCGAUAUCAUGGGCUUCUACAAAGAUACCGCGGGAGGAGGUACCGAAGAUCAAAUAUGGCACAAGUUCGAUCAUGCUAGGGCAGAUCCGAAUGCGUCUGGAUUGAGUCUUAUAACGCCUACGACUUCCAAUUCUCUCCAGACGCCUCACACGCAUUUAUCGACUAUCACCAGUCCUCCCGCCAGUCCUCGAUUCCCUACCAACACAGAAGGAAGCUUCGAAAACCCACGAGCUGCCCCUCCAAUCCCAAGAACCAAUCAUCCUGGUCUGGUACCUGGACGGCCAGCUCCCAAACCCCCAGCGGUGCAAAAUCUGACCCCAGCGCGACCGCCACCCCAAAAACCGACAGUUGCGAAACAAGUUGGACCUAGCUCCGCUGCACCCCCACAAGAGUUAGCAGUUCGCAGUCGUCCCCCUCCGAAUGAGCUUGAAGAAGAAGAUUCUGAACUAGGUCUACAGCGACAGCCUUCAAAGCCACAAGCCAACGGCCUCACCAGGCAAACAUCUCGGCAAGCGCAAAAUGCCCCGACAACCCCAAAACAAGGCCCCCCACCACAGCAAGAGCAUACGUCUCCAUCACGACAGGUUUCACAGAAGCAGCACGUGGAGCGUAAUCCUAGCACGCGUCAGCCCCAACAGCAACCUCCUCAAACAUCUCUUGAAUCAGCUCAAAAAGCUUUCACCCCAUCACAGGAUCCUCAGGAUGUACCCAACCCAACCCAACAAGCAAGAAAUGGCCCGACACCCCGGCCGAGGCGAAAUCGGAACGCGAGUAAUAUCGAUAUUGUUUCUCGUUUAACAGCUAUCUGCGCACCCGGCGAUCCUUUGCGAAAGUACAAGAAUCUGAACAAGAUCGGUCAAGGCGCAUCGGGAGGAGUCUUUACGGCGUACGAGAUCAAUACGGGUAAGUGCGUGGCUAUCAAGCAAAUGAAUCUGGAACAGCAGCCGAAGAAGGACCUUAUCAUCAAUGAGAUACUCGUGAUGAAGGACAGUAAGCAUAAGAAUAUCGUCAACUUCAUGGACAGUUAUCUUCGGACGGGAGAGCUCUGGGUCAUCAUGGAAUACAUGGAAGGAGGAAGUCUCACAGAUGUCGUAACCUUUAAUCUCAUGACAGAGGGUCAGAUAGCAGCAGUCUGUCGAGAGACUCUUAAUGGCCUGCAACACUUGCAUUCUAAAGGUGUGAUUCAUCGAGACAUCAAAUCCGACAAUAUUCUGCUAGCCCAAGAUGGUAAUAUCAAGCUGACUGAUUUUGGUUUCUGUGCUCAAAUCAACGAGUCUCAUAACAAGAGAACUACAAUGGUUGGAACACCAUACUGGAUGGCGCCUGAAGUCGUGACGCGCAAAGAAUAUGGACGGAAAGUUGAUAUAUGGAGUUUGGGGAUCAUGGCCAUUGAAAUGAUUGAAGGAGAGCCUCCUUAUCUGACCGAGUCUCCACUUCGAGCGCUCUACCUGAUUGCCACCAACGGCACGCCCCAAAUCAAGGACGAGCAUAACCUCACACCAAUGUUCAAGGACUUUUUGAACUUUGCGCUCAAGGUGGACCCUGAGAAGAGAGCUUCUGCCCAUGAUUUGUUGAGGCAUCAAUUCAUCCAAACGGCAGAGCCGUUGAUCAACUUAGCGCCACUUGUUCGAUCCGCUCGCCAUAGUCGAGCCGCCGAGAGAAAGGAUAAGGGUUCAUAG